AUGCCAUCUCCCGUCGUUCUCCUGGCCUCAUUGCCAGCUGCUCUGGCUGCGACCCUCUACGUGUCCCCAACAGGCAGCAGCAGCGGAACCGGAACACUGGAGAGCCCCUACGCGUCGAUCCAGACAGCUGUUGACAAGGCCGUUGCAGGCGAUAUCAUCUCCCUCCGCGGUGGCACUUACAAGCCCACCAAGAACAUCUCAAUCAAGAAGAGUGGAACGGCCGGUGCCUACUACACACUGACCGCCUAUGGGGACGAGUCGGUCACCAUCGACGGCGAGGCCCUGACCGGCACCCCGGCCGAGCUCAACGGGUCGCUGGACCGGGCCGACCGCGGCGUGCUCCACUUCGAGGGCACAAGCUACUGGAACGUGUCCAAGAUCACGCUGAUCAACGGGCCCUACGGAGUCUACCUCCAGGACGGCAACAACAACAUCUUUGACCGCAUCGUCACGCACGACAACUACGAGACCGGGUUCCAGAUGCAGGGCAGCCUCAGCAACAACCAGAUCCUGUACCUGGACUCGUACAUGAACCGCGACCCCCGCAAGAACGGGGAGAGCGCGGACGGCCUUGGGUGCAAGGAGGGCAGCGGCACGGGCAACAUCAUCAAGGGGGCUCGUCUUUGGAACAACGUCGAUGACGGUCUUGACCUCUGGGAGUUCGCAUCCCCCAUCACAAUCGAGGAUUCCAUCUCCUGGGGCAACGGCUUCAACCGCUGGGACUUCACCCCCUUCGAGGGCGACGGCAACGGCUACAAGCUGGGCGGCGGCAGCACGACCAAGGCCAACCACGUCGUGACCAACAGCAUCGCCUUCAGCAACUCGGCCAAGGGCUUCACCGACAACAAGCAGCCGGGCGCCUUCACCUUCACGCGCAACACGGCCUACAAGAACGUCGGCGUCGGGUUCCAGCUCACCGGCGCCACCGGCGUCACGGGCAAGUUCUCCAAGAACGUCGCCGCGCUCAACUCGGACGGGAGCACCGCCCAGGCCGACCAGACCAGCCUCAAGGGCGCGACGUCGAGCGGCAACUCGUGGGAUGCCAGCACCAAGUGGACCGAUGCCAGCUUCAAGAGUGUGGAUGUCAAGCUCGUCCAGGGCGAGAGGGGGUCCAACGGCAAGGUCCCGGCUAGCAGCUUCUUGGCUCCUGCUUCUGGUGAUGCGAUCGGCGCGACUAUUGCCUAG